UUUGAAACUCGCAGAUUUUUAUGUUCAGUUUGUGUUUAAUCCUAUAUCCCUCCAUCACCAACUGUAUACAAGCUAUCCAGGGAUAAAAAUAUUUAAGUUGCUGAUAUGAUUUCUUCGGAGAGAAGUUGGAAAUUCGAUUUCAAACUGGUCCUUACAAAUUCAGAAGCUGAUGAAUUUACAACUGUACUCACCGUUAUUGGGGAUUCUCCACCAGUUCUAGACAGCAUGUCAGAUAUAAGGAGAUGGUUGCUUCAUUCUACAGGUGUGUUCUCUGUCAAAACAUUAUACACAAAGUUAGUGGAAUCAAGUGGAAUAGAUAAUUUCCCUUAUCAGUUCGUCUGGAAGACGACUAUACCACCGAAGAUUAAUCUUUUUGUUUGGAGUCUGACUCAUGGAAAGUUAAACACAAAAAAUGUACUGCUGCACAAGGGUCUAGAGGUACAAAACUGUUGUGUACUUUGGGGGAAUGUCCUGGAAACCCAAGACCACCUAUUCCUGCACUGUAAGAUUGCGCAUAGAGUGUGGUCGAUGUUGCUGCCAAGUAACUGUUGUGCCUGGGUAACUCCUAGAACGAUGUAAUUUCCUGGACUUUGUGGAACGAACGUAAUAGCCGCACCUUCGAUAGUAAUCACAACUUUAAAACAGAUGAUGAUCUAGGAGAUGAAGCAAAAACUUCAAUACUUCUUUGGGCUGCAGCUGUGGGAACAAGAGUCCAUGUGAACUUUGCUAGUUCCAUACUCGAGGAUUGGGAUAAUCUGUUUGUGUGACGUUAUGUAAUUUUCUCUUCUUUUUUUUUCUUUUUUUUUUUCCUUUUUCUAUUUACUCUACCCUAUGUACAUUCUAUCUUUCUAAUAUAUCAUU